AACAAUUUCCCCUCCAAACCUGUCUGAAAUCAACUCAAUUCGCCGUUACGCCCCUCCUUCAACCCCGCGCAAGCAAAAUGUCAAGCAAGACUAUCAUCGUCACCGGUGCCUCCAGAGGCAUCGGCCUCGCCAUUGCGAAAUACCUCCUCACAGCGCCCCAAGCCCACAACGUGGUCGUGAUCGCCCGCAGCCGCGAACCCCUCCAACAGCUCAAAGAGCAAUACUCCAAGCAAGUGGAGGUGCUAAACGGUGACCUGUCGGACUUUUCGCUCGCUCAGCGGGCGGUCGACCUAGCCCUCAAGUCCUUCGGACGUCUGGACGGCAUGGUCCUCAACCACGGCAUCCUGGGACAAGUGGGCAAGGUGAUUGACGCGGACGUGGAACAAUGGAAACUCGGGUUCGACGUGAACUUCAUCAGCCUGGCUGCUUUUAUCAAAGCCGGAAUUCCCGCGCUUCGCGAAUCCAAGGGGAAAAUCAUCUUUACGUCGUCCGGUGCGGCGACGACCGCGUAUCGCGGCUGGGCUCUUUACGGUGCGACCAAGGCGGCUAUGAACCAUCUGGCUUUGAGCUUGGGCGACGAGGAACCCGACAUCACCACCGUCUCCAUCCGGCCCGGCAUGGUCGAUACCGAGAUGCAGCGGGAGCUGCGCGAAGUCCAUGUCAACACUCUGGAGCCGCAGAUGCAUGCCAAGUUUACUACGGUGCACAAGGAGGGGAAACUGCUGAAGCCCGAGCAGCCCGGCCAUGUUAUGGCGAAGCUGGUUCUGGAUGCUCCUAGCAAGCUGAGUGGGAAGUUUGUGACGUGGAAUGACAAGGCGCUGGAGGCUUUCCAGGCGUAGAGUAGAUUACGGCUAGCUGGUUCUGAUGC